CAUUGAGAAUUUAUCAUAAGGAAUCAUAUUUACAGGCAAGCAUGGCUUCUCUACCAUUUCUCUUAUUCACCAUCUUUCUCUCCCUUGUUGCUUCUAAUGCUCUUUCUCCAUCAUCCGUUGCUUCUCAACAAUCCAAAUUUUGGUCCCAAAAUGUAGACAACAACAUGCCUCAAUCUAUUCGCUCUAAAUUAUCCCCUCUCUCCGAGCUCGAAACAAAAGCCUUCACUCCAUUAGUAUCCAAACAAUACUUCACAUCCAAUCCCAAAUUCUGCACAAGUGCUAAUUUGGUUUGUGCAUCUGCCGUAAAGCCAAUUCCUUGCGUUUUCUAUCACGAAGUGCAUUUCACUGAUAAGGUUACUGUCCCUAUUGAAGAAGCCGACCCUUGGUCUUUCUUUAGGCUCUCAAUCCUCAAAAACGGCAACAAAGUAACUCUCCCUGAACUCGAUAGCAAAUUCCCUAACCGUGCCUUUCUUCCUUCUCAAAUAGCAACAAGUUUUCGACUUAGAGAGAGUGAGUUGCAAAGGAUAUUUCCCAUUGCCCUUUCCAUUCCUUCCACCAAGGCCUCUGUGGACAUGAGCCUUCACCAUUGUGAUGCUCCCACAGUGAAGGGAGAGAGGCGUAGCUGUCUAAAGACCCUAGAGGACAUGAUUGAGUUCUCAAGGGAUAGUUUAGGCCGCAAACAUCUGGUGGCUUUGGCAUCAGACAAUACAAAAGUCCUGGGGAAUCAAGUGGUCAUGGUUAAGAAUGUUAUUAAACCUUACAAGACCGAAAAGAUUGUUGCCUGCCAUGAAUUGUUCUUUCCCUUUGCCACCUAUUAUUGCCAUAUGUUACCGUUAACAGAAGUCUAUGGUGUAGAUGUGAUUAAUAAGAGAGGUGCAAUCAAUAAGCUCUUUGCAAUUUGUCAUACGGAUACUUCGUCAUGGACACCAAAUCAUGUCGCCUUCAAACUACUCAAGACAUCUCCCGGGAAAGGAGAGGUGUGCCAUUGGAUAGGCGAAAUGGACCUUCUUUGGGUGGGUUAUGACUAGAUGCACAAAAGCAAAAAAG